AUGUUGUCUCCAUACUCUAACGCGUCUGUAGGUGAAGUCGAGACAGAAUCUGGACUCGUCAGUAAAAAGAACCUGUUCCCAUUCCUGAAGAGUCCAAAUGGUAAAGGUGUUAUUGAUGAUAAAGGUGUUAUUGAUGAUAAAGGUGUUAUUGAUGGUAAAGGUGUUAUAGAUGAUAAAGGUGUUAUAGAUGGUGUUAUAGAUGAUAAAGGUGAUAUUGUAGAUGAUAAAGGUGAUAUUGUAGAUGAUAAAGGUGCUAAAGAUGAUAAAGGUGUAAUAGAUGAUACAUAUGUAAUAGAUGAUAAAGGUGCUAAAGAUGAUAAAGGUGUUAUAGAUGGUACAGGUGUUAUAGAUGAUAAAGGUGUUGUAGAUGAUAAAGGUGUUACAGAUAGUAAAGGUGUUAUAGAUGAUAAAGGUGUUAUUGAUGAUAAAGGUGCUAUAGAUGAUAAAGGUGUUAUUGAUGGUGAAGGUGUUAUAGCUGAUAAAGGUGUUAUAUAUGAUAAAGGUGUUAUAGAUGGUACAGGUGUUAUUGGUGAUAAAGGUGUUAUUGAUGAUAAAGGUGUUAUUGUUGAUAAAGGUGUUAUUGGUGAUAAAGGUGUUAUUGUUGAUAAAGGUGUUAUAGAUGGUACCGGUGUUAUUGAUGAUAAAGGUGUUAUUGUUGAUAAAGGUGUUAUAGAUGGUAAAGGUGUUAUAGAUGAUAAAUGUGUUGUUGGUGAUAGAGGUGUUAUAGAUGAUAAAGGUGUUAUUGGUGAUAAAGGUGUUAUUGUUGAUAAAGGUGUUAUUGGUGAUAAAGGUGUUAUUGGUGAUAAAGGUGUUAUUGAUGAUAAAGGUGUUAUAGAUGGUGUUAUAGAUGAUAAAGGUGUUAUUGGUGAUAAAGGUGGACUAUAG